AUGUCACUUCUUAUCAUUUCGUUUGUUUUAAUAACAGUCGUCUAUAUUAUCAAUUUUUAUUGGGAGGUUCGAAAAUAUCCAAAAGGGCCAUUCCCUUUGCCAUUAAUUGGGAAUAUUCAUCAGAUUCCCGACGACAAACUUGAAGUUUGGUUUGAUGAUCUCUCGAAAACCUAUGGUCCGAUUUUCACUGUAUGGUCUCCACUUCCAUGUGUUGUGAUAACUGAUUAUGCUCAUAUCAAAGACGCGUUUGUUACACAGGGAGAAACUUACACCUACCGAGCUCAUCGCCCUCCAGAAUCUCUUCUCCAACCUCAUGACAACACCGGUAUUCUGAAUUCCAGUGGAGAAAACUGGCGUCUUCAAAGAAGAACAUCUCUUAAAAUCCUCCGAGAUUUCGGAAUGGGAAGAAAUUUGAUGGAAGAGCAAAUUGUGAAAUCGAUCCAAGAAAUGAUGGAACAGCUAGCGAAAAGUAUGGAUAAAAAGAAGGCUGAGAUUUUCUGGCCAAUCCAACUUUGUGUUGGAAAUGUGAUCAACGAGUUUUUAUUUGGAUUUCAUUAUAAGUACGACGAGUGUGAAAGAUUCAAAAAGUUCGUGAAUGUUGUGGAUUAUCACCUAAGGAUUCUUCUCGGAAAAUGCUCACUUUCGGUUUCUGCGUUCCCUUGGCUCCGCCACGUGCCAAUUAUUGGAGAGCUGGGUUAUCAUCGAAUCAAGAGAAAUAUCAAAACGUACCAAUCAUUCAUCGAAGAGGAAGUUGAAAAACAAUUAGAGAAAUUUGACACAGAGAGUGAGCCAGAAAACUUUGUUCAUGCUUAUCUCCAGCAAAUGAAACAAACUGGACAUCCCGGACUAGACAUGAAAAACUUAUGCGCUUGUGUUCUCGACUUCUGGCUGGCUGGAAUGGAAACCACCUCAAAUGCGCUCCGAUGGCAUAUUGCUUAUAUGAUGAAACAUCCGGUGAUACAAGAAAAUGUCCGAAAAGAAAUUCUUGAUGUUGUGGGAACCUCUCGUUUGCCCUCAAUGUCUGACAAGCCGAAAAUGCCAUACACCCAAGCAGUCAUUCAUGAAGUUCAGCGACAUUCGAACAUGGUUCCAUUCUUGGGAACUCAUCAGAGUGUUCAAGAAACUGAAAUCUUGGGAAAAAAAAUUCCAGCUGGGACCAAUGUUAUCGCUCAAACUUGGUCAGUUAUGAAGAACGACCCUAUUUUUGUAAACCAUUUGGAAUUUAACCCUAGCAGGUAUCUCCUGGCAGAUGGCAAAACUUUUGACAAAGUUGUUCUGGAAAGAACGAUCCCAUUCAGUGUAGGAAAGAGGAGUUGUGUGGGAGAAGGCUUGGCUCGCAUGGAACUUUUCUUGAUUUUCACCGCAUUGAUUCAGAAGUACGAGUUUAUUGCUAAUGGUCCGGUUGAUAUGAGCUAUAACGCUGGAGCAGUACUCACUAUCAAACCAUACACUUGUGAAAUGAGAAAAGUGUUUUGA